AUGUCUCGGUACGCUCCGGCAACUAUACAAGGAUUGACUGGACCGGUAGCACGUUUUGCUCGCUUGAUUGCCGGGCACGGAUAUAUCUGCGCGGCUCCGUCAAGCUAUCACGAGUUUACCGGCCCAGAGCCGUUGAAAUACGAUGCAGAGGAUACGGAUAAAGGCAACGAAUGGAAAGUUUCCAAGAAACUGGCGGCUUAUGAUGAAGACGCGAAGCUCUGCGUUGACUAUCUUCUCUCACUUGCUACGUGCAAUGGGCGCAUCGGUGCUACCGGAAUGUGCCUAGGCGGACAUUUGGCGUACCGCUGCGCCUUGGACGAGAGGAUCAAGGCUGCGGUAUGCUUCUUUGCCACUGACAUUCAUAGCAGAACCCUAGGCAAGGGGAAAAACGACGAUAGUUUGCAAAGAGCAGGGGAUAUCAAAGCUGAACUGGUUAUGAUAUUUGACAAAAAUGACACCCAUGUUCCACCAACUGGAAGAGACCUGAUCCGGCAAACACUCCACGAGAAAGGCGUUUGCUUCAGUUUCUACGAAGCUGCCUGGGCGCAACAUGCAUUCAUUCGGGACGAACUCAGCAAAGGCCGGUAUGACCCUGCAGUGACCAAAGUGUGCAUCGAGAUGAUGUUUGAAGUCUUUGGGCGAACACUCAAAGUUGAGCUUGGGGAAUCUGAUGGGAAGGAUUUCAAAGUAGAGGAUGUCUGCUGA